AUGUCUUCAUUACUGUAUUUGAUUUAGACUGAUUCAAAAGUUGUUCAGAAGUGGAUGGAUGGUGUGAAAGACUUCUUAAUGAGAGAAAAGGCUGUUCAAGGAGACACUGAAGGACUUCAAAGACAACUUGACCAGUGCACAGUGUUUGUCAAUGAAAUGGAGACAAUUGAACCAUCACUGAAAGAGAUGAAAGAAAUAGAGUCAGCUUUAAGAACUCACCCUAUUGCAGGCAUAAAUACUUGGGCAAAGUCUAGGCUAGUUGACUGCCAGACUCAAUGGGAGAAACUGAGCAAACAGAUCAUUAGUCAGAAAAAUCGCCUGUCCGAAAGUCAGGAAAAAGCUGUAAAUCUGAAGAAGGAUUUGGCAGAGAUGCAAGAAUGGAUGACCCAAGCUGAAGAAGAAUAUUUGGAGAAAGAUUUUGAAUACAAGUCUCCUGAAGAGCUAGAGAAUGCAGUGGAGGAAAUGAAGAGAGCGAAAGAGGAUGUGUUGCAGAAAGAGGUGCGGGUGAAGAUUCUCAAAGACAACAUCAAGAUGUUGGCUGCCAAAGUGCCGUCCAGUGGUCAGGACCUGGCGACCGAGCUGAAUGUUGUGCUGGAGAACUACCAGCUGCUGUGCAAUCGAAUCCGGGGGAAAUGCCACACUUUGGAGGAGGUGUGGUCCUGUUGGAUUGAGCUGCUUCAGUACCUUGAUUUAGAAACAGCUUGGCUAAACAAUUUGGAACAAAGAGUGCAAAUGACAGAAAAUCUGCCUGAUAAGUUGGAUGCCGUCAAUGAUGCUCUUGAGUCCCUGGAAUCAGUCCUGCGUCAUCCAGCUGAUAAUCGAACCCAGAUUCGGGAACUUGGACAGACACUGAUUGAUGGAGGGAUUCUUGAUGAUAUAAUCAGUGAAAAAUUGGAGGCUUUCAAUGCCCGCUAUGAGGAACUGAGUCACUUGGCGGUGAGCCGGCAGAUAGCCUUGGAACAGCAGCUACAGACCAUGCGAGAAACCGACCACAUGUUGCAGGUCUUGCAGGAGAACUUAGUGGAGCUGGAUAGACAGCUGACAUCUUACCUUACUGAUAGGGUAGAUGCCUUUCAGAUGCCCCAGGAGGCCCAGAAAAUUCAAGCUGAGAUUGCAGCUCAUGAAUCCACCUUAGAGGAGCUCAAUUCUUUCCCUCCUGCGUCUCCUGAAUGCAGAUCUCCUCGUGGUGGAACUCAGCUGGAUGCUUUGCAGAGAAAACUCCGUGAAGUGUCUACAAAGUAUCAGCUUUUCCAGAAACCAGCCAAUUUUGAGCAGCGCAUGUUGGAUUGCAAGCGGGUGUUGGAUGGUGUAAAAGCAGAGCUUCAUGUCUUGGAUGUGAAAGGUACUGACCCAGAUGUAAUCCAAACUCACCUGGACAAAUGCAUGAAACUCUAUAAGACCCUCAGUGAGGUGAAACUGGAGGUUGAAACGGUCAUCAAGACAGGAAGGCAAAUUGUACAGAAACAACAGACAGAUAAUCCCAAAGGGAUGGAUGAGCAACUGACAGCAUUGAAAUUUCUUUACAAUGACUUGGGGGCACAGGUGACAGAAGGAAAACAAGACCUUGAAAGAGCAUCCCAGCUGGCACGCAAAAUGAGGAAAGAGGCUGCCUCUUUGUCAGAGUGGCUGGCUGCCACUGAGGCUGAGCUUGUGCAGAAGUCCACUUCAGAGAGCUUGCUUUCUGAUCUAGAUUCAGAAAUUGCCUGGGCCAAAAAUGUGCUGAGAGAGCUGGAGAGGAGGAAAUCUGAUCUGAAGAGCAUCACAGAAAGCUGCACCGCACUUCAGGCUCUAGUGGAAGGGAGUGAGGCUUCCCUGGAGGAGAAGCUGUGUGUCCUUAAUGCUGGCUGGAGCAGAGUUCGGACCUGGACAGAGGACUGGUGUGACACCUUGUUGAAUCAUCAGGGCCAGUUGGAAAUAUUUGAUGAAAAUGUUGCCCACAUAAGUACUUGGCUGUAUCAGGCUGAAGCCUUGCUGGAUGAAAUUGAGAAAAAGUCAGCAAGCAAAAAGGAGGAAACUGUGAAGCGCUUAACAUCUGAAUUAGAUGAUGUUAGUCUUCGAGUGGAUAAUGUGCGUGAUCAGGCUAUCAUCCUAAUGAAUGGACGGGGGGUGUCGUGCCGUGAACUUGUUGAACCCAAACUGGCAGAACUGAACCGUAACUUUGAGAAGGUCUCUCAGCACAUCAGAAGUGCCAAGAUGCUUGUUGGACAAGAACGACUUCCUGUCAUGUCAGACCCCCGUGAAGUCAGAGUAGCUUUUCCAGACCUGGAAAAAUUUGAGAGUGAUGUACAGAAUAUGUUAAAAGUUGUGGAGAAGCGUCUGGAGUUGAGUAGGGAAGAUGAAAAGCUGGAUCAAGAAAGAGUUCAGGUUGAAAAAGUUCUACAGAGAGGAGGGCAGUUGUUACAGCAGCCUAUGGAGGACCAUAAGAGAGAGAUCUACAUACAGCUCUUGCUUCUGCAGAAAAAGUACAAUAGUGUGCAGGCAAUCCUUGUCCAGCAGAGGUUAAAAGGCCACUUUGCCACAGGGGUUAGGACCUUGCCUUUUUCGGCUGAAUACUUAGUUGAAAUCAACAGAGUCUUGCUGGCUAUGGCUGAUGUUGAACUGCUGCUGAAUGCACCAGAGCUAAAUACUGGCAUCUAUGAGGACUUUUCAACUCAGGAAGAUGCACUAAAGAACAUAAAAGAUAUUUUGGAUAAACUUGGGGAUCAAAUUGCAGUCAUACAUGAGAAGCAGCCUGAUGUUAUCUUAGAAGCAUCUGGACCUGAGGCGAUGCAAAUAGGAGAUGCACUAACCCAGCUGAAUGCAGAAUGGGAUAGAAUUAAUAGAAUGUACAAUGAUCGUAAGUGCUGCUUUGAUAGAGCGAUUGAGGUGUGGAGGCAGUUCCACUGUGAUCUCAAUGACCUCUCCCACUGGAUAACGGAAGCUGAAGUGCUGUUAGCUGAUGCCCGUGGUCCAGAUGGCACCCUGGAGCUACCAACAGCUGAGCUGCAUCAACAGGAACUGGAAGAGGGAAUCACCAGCCACCAGACCAGUGUUUCAGCAUUGAACAGAACUGGGGAAGGGAUCAUACAGAAACUGUCUGCUACAGAUGGGAGCUUCCUGCAGGAGAAGCUGGCAGGAUUGAAUAGACGCUGGAAAGCAAUCACUGUGGAGGUCAUGGAUAGACAACAGAGGCUAAAAGGAGAGAAUCAGCAGCUGAUAGAGUACAGAAAGAAGCUUGAUGAACUGCGUUGCUGGUUGGAAAAUAUAGAAAAUGCUCUAGACACAAGCUUUACAUUCAACCAUGAAGAAAACUUGCAAAAAUUACAGGUCUUAAGUGAAGAGAUGGAAGUACAAGGAGACAAACUGGAAUGGCUGAACAGAACUGAACCUGAAGUGCUUUUGGAUAAAAAUGUUGGUAUUCAGGAAAAAGAGAAACUUUCUAACUGUCUGCAGUCCCUCAAUGUGAGGUGGAAUAAGGUGUUCAGAGAAGUGCCUGACAGAAUGAGAGAUUUGGAGGCUUUUGUUGGGCAGUCUUGUCUUGUUACACAGACAAAGCCUUCUGAUGUCCAAAAGGUGGUGCUAGUAUCUUCUUCUUUGGAAAUUCCUGCUCAGACUCAGCAGGCUUUGGAACUUUCUGCACCUGCUGAUCUGGAUAAAACUACAACUGAGCUGGCUGACUGGUUGGUAUUGAUUGACCAGAUGCUCAAGUCAAACAUAGUCACCGUGGGAAAUACUGAAGAGAUCAAUCGGACUAUUGCACGAAUGAAAAUCACAAAGGCAGAUUUGGACCAGCGGCACCCUCAGCUUGAUUCUGUUUUUACAUUGGCUCAGAAUUUGAAGAAUAAAACUUCCAGUUCAGACGUGAGGACAGUGAUCACAGAAAAAUUGGAGAAGGUGAAGACCCAGUGGGACAAUACCCAGCAUGGUGUGGAGGUGCGGCAGCAGCAGCUGAAGUACAUGCUGACUGACAGCAUGCAGUGGGAUGAGCAGAGGCAAGAAAUGGAGCACCUCAUGGAGCAGUGUGAGAUCCGUCUGCAUAUGCUCUUGCAGGCCUCAAAAGAGAUGCUUGUCAAACAGAUUUCAGAAAACAAACUGUUAGUACAGGAUUUGCAUAGAGGUGACAUCACGGUAGCUGCAUUCAAUGAUCUUUCUAAUAAACUUCUUCGAGAGUAUCGUGAUGAUGAUACAAGGAGGGUGAAGGAAACCACUGACCAAAUGAACACUUGUUGGGUUAAUCUGAACCAAAGAGCUGUUGAUAGGCAAAAUUUCUUGGAGACAGAGCUGAAGACAGUACAGACCUCACACAAGGAUCUGGAGAGCUUCCUCAAGUGGCUUCAAGAGGCAGAGACGACUCUUAACGUUCUAGCAGAUGCAUCCCAGCGUGAGAACACUGCUCAGGACACUGCCUGCGUAAGGGAACUCAGAAAGCAGAUGCAGGACAUCCAAGCUGAGAUUGAUGCCCACAAUGACAUCUUUAAAAGCAUUGAUGGAAACAGACAGAAGAUGGUGAAAGCCUUGGGAAACACUGAGGAAGCUGCCCUGCUCCAGCACCGGCUUGAUGACAUGAACCAGCGCUGGAAUGACCUGAAGGCAAAGUCAGCUAACAUCAGAGCUCACUUGGAGGCCAGUGCAGAGAAAUGGAACAGAUUGCUGACAUCCCUGGAAGAGUUAAUCAAGUGGCUGAAUGUGAAAGAUGAAGAACUGAAAAAGCAAAUGCCCAUUGGAGGGGAUGUUCCAACCUUACAGCAACAGUAUGACCACUGCAAAGCACUGAGGCGUGAACUGAAGGAUAAAGAGCAGACCAUUCUCAAUGCUGUGGACCAGGCACGAGUUUUCCUUGCUGACCAACCAAUUGAGGGGCCUGAGGAACCAAGAAGGAGUUUACAUUCAAAAUCAG